GUGUUUUUAACCCGUUGAUUUUUUUCUACAAACCAUAAAGACAUUGGCACCUUAUAUUUAAUUUUCGGGGCCUGAGCAGGUAUAGUAGGCACAGCAUUAAGUUUAUUAAUCCGUGCAGAAUUGAGCCAACCAGGAGCCCUCCUAGGGGACGACCAAAUCUAUAAUGUCAUCGUCACAGCCCAUGCCUUCGUUAUAAUUUUCUUCAUGGUUAUACCUGUCAUAAUCGGUGGCUUUGGAAACUGACUUGUACCUUUAAUAAUUGGAGCGCCAGAUAUGGCAUUCCCGCGUAUGAACAAUAUGAGUUUCUGACUUCUACCGCCAUCCCUGCUUUUACUUCUAGCCUCCUCGGGAAUUGAAGCAGGCGCAGGCACAGGCUGAACUGUAUAUCCACCGUUAGCUGGAAACCUGGCCCACGCUGGCGCCUCUGUAGAUCUAACCAUCUUUUCCCUCCACUUAGCCGGUGUGUCAUCAAUUUUAGGGGCCAUCAACUUUAUCACCACAGCAAUUAACAUAAAAUCCCCAGCUAUGUCACAAUACCAGACACCUUUAUUUGUGUGAUCAGUACUUAUUACAGCUGUCCUACUACUACUCUCACUACCAGUACUCGCCGCAGGUAUUACUAUACUACUUACAGACCGAAACCUAAAUACAACCUUCUUCGACCCUUCAGGGGGAGGGGAUCCAAUUUUAUACCAACACCUAUUUUGAUUCUUUGGCCAUCCUGAAGUGUAUAUUCUAAUCCUGCCGGGGUUUGGCAUAAUCUCACAUGUUGUCACCUACUACGCUGGUAAAAAAGAACCAUUUGGAUAUAUAGGAAUAGUUUGAGCAAUAAUAUCUAUCGGAUUCCUGGGCUUUAUUGUAUGGGCCCACCACAUAUUCACUGUUGGGAUAGAUGUAGACACCCGAGCUUAUUUUACAUCCGCAACAAUAAUUAUUGCUAUUCCAACAGGAGUAAAAGUAUUUAGUUGGCUAGCCACCCUACACGGAGGAAUAAUUAAAUGAGACGCCGCUAUAUUAUGGGCACUUGGCUUUAUCUUUCUAUUUACUAUCGGAGGUCUUACAGGCAUUGUGCUAGCCAAUUCAUCCUUAGAUAUUGUAUUACAUGAUACUUACUAUGUUGUAGCACACUUCCAUUAUGUUCUCUCUAUAGGAGCUGUAUUCGCUAUUAUAGCAGGAUUCACCCAUUGAUUCCCACUCUUCACUGGAUAUUCAUUACACCAAACUUGAGCGAAAAUCCACUUCGGAGUAAUAUUUGCAGGCGUUAACAUCACCUUUUUCCCACAACAUUUCUUAGGAUUAGCCGGAAUACCACGACGUUACUCUGACUACCCAGAUGCAUACACCCUAUGAAAUUCUAUCUCAUCAAUCGGAUCUCUAAUCUCCCUAAUAGCAGUAAUUAUAAUAAUAUUCAUUAUUUGAGAAGCAUUCUCCUCAAAACGAAAAGUAAUAACAGUCGAACUCACAACUACCAAUGUUGAAUGACUACAUGGCUGCCCACCCCCAUACCACACCUACGAAGAGCCAGCCCAUGUUCAAACCCAAGAAAGG